AUGCUGGAGAAUCCAGAGCUCCGUUGGUCCUUCAUCCGGAAGAUAUACACGAUAAUCAGUGUUCAGUUGCUGCUCACGAUUGCGGUCGCCGCCGUUGUUGUUUCGGUUCACCCGAUUUCACGGUUCUUCGCCACCACCGGCGCCGGUUUGGCCCUGUACAUUGUUCUUAUCAUCACCCCUUUCAUUGUGUUGUGUCCGUUAUAUUAUUAUCACCAGAAGCACCCUGUGAAUUAUUUCUUGCUUGGGCUGUUUACUGUAUCGCUAGCGUUUGUGGUGGGGUUGACCUGUGCUUUCACCACUGGGAAAGUCAUUCUGGAAUCUGUUAUCCUAACCGCUGUUGUGGUAGUUAGUCUCACUCUAUACACAUUUUGGGCUGCAAAGAGAGGCCAUGACUUCAAUUUCUUGGGGCCAUUCUUGUUCGGUGCUGUUAUGGUUCUCAUACUGUUUGCACUUAUACAAAUCUUUUUCCCAUUAGGUCGAAUAAGUGUGAUGAUCUAUGGCUGCCUGGCCUCGAUAAUCUUCUGUGGUUACAUCAUAUACGACACGGAUAAUCUUAUCAAACGCUACACGUAUGAUGAGUACAUAUGGGCUGCCGUUGCUUUGUAUUUGGAUGUGAUAAACCUCUUCCUCUCGCUUAUGACCGUUUUCAGAGCUGCUGACAGCUGA